UCCAUGGGCUGCACCGGCAGCGCCCUGCGCUGCUGCCCCGCCGGCGGCAAGGUAGCGGCUGCGGGGGCUCGCUGGGCUGGGCUUGGGCUGGGCUUCAGACAGCUAAAAGCCCAGCAGCAGAGGGGACCGGCCUCCCAGGAGCUCACGGCCUUGAGGACAGAGAACGCCAAUGCCACCCUGUUGCCGGAGGAUGGGAAGGAGAAGGCAGUGCUGCGAGAGGAGCGGACAGAGAGCACGAGACUCCUCCAAGGCCAGGAGGAGGAGCGGCUGCGGGAUGCCGGCUGGGCAGGCACUGCGAGAAUCUCCCAGGACGUUAAUAUCCAGGUGGAAAAGGGAAAAGACCUGGAGCUGGAGGAGCAGUUUGAUGCCCUGAGGAGGGAGCACACAGAGACCCUGCAAGAGCUCCAGAGAGCGCAUGAGCAGGAGAAGCUGCUGCUGGCAGAGUCCCACCACAGGUCCCAGGCGGCCUUACAGGAGACGAUCCAGGCACUGAAUUCCCAGCUGAAGUCCUUCCAGGAGAGGAUGAAGCGGGUGGAGGAGUCGCUUUUGAGCACAGACUACAAGAAGCACAUCCAGGAGCACGGGAGCCCCAGCCCCUUCUGGGAGCAGGAGCUGGAGAGCCUACACUUCGUCAUUGAGAUGAAGAACGAGCACAUCCACGGCCUGGACAAGAAGCUGCUGAACCUGGAGAAUGUGGCGGAGAGGAACCUUCUGCUGGAGGAGAAGGUGAAGACUCUCCAGCAGGAGAACGAGGACCUGCAGGUUCGCACCCAGAACCACUUGGUCAUGGCAAGGCAGCUGUCGGAAGAGCUCCUGGCCGCCCGCGGGGCGCUGGAGAAGGAGAUGCAGCUGCGGGAGCAGGCUCGCCAUGAGAAGGAGGAGCUGCUGUACCGCGUGCUCAAUGGGGGAGACGGCUCCCCCUUUCCCAUCGCUGCCAGUGAGGUGCCCCUCAUCGCCACGUAGCACACCGCCGACCGGCACCGCGCGCUGCCGGGGGAGGCUGUCGGGGCUUUCUUCCAGGCAUGAGAGCCCAGGGCUGCUCUCACAAGUGCCCCUGGUGCCAGGGCAGGCCCUCGGGGCAGCAGAGCCCUCGGAGUGGCCCCGUCUGACUGGGACAAUGGAGCAUUUCACAGGACACUUGCGCCUGCCUUUCCCCAGCGCGUGCAGGGCUGCAGGCGGUCUCCAGCCACCCCCCUGUGCCAUCCCUGCACCCCUUCCUCUGGUGGGAGGCUGUGGGGGCCUUUCUGGGGGUAAAAGGGCUCAGCCAGGACACGCAGACGUGCAUUGGGCUGGAUCUGACCGAGCACUUGGCUCUGAGCAUAGCCAGCAUCAGUGCUGCUCAGGGGCACGGAGGUGAGGAAGACAGGGGAGUCACUGGAAUGGUUCGGGGACGAGGCACCGGGAGGGUGAGGAGGGCGGUGGGGACACGGUGGUAUAGAGGUACCUCAGUCCCUGGGGAGCGUCCCUGGGAAGCGCAUGGCCAAGCCCAGUGCUGAGCCACAGAGGCUCUCACGGGGCGGCAGCAAAGGGCAGGAGGGAUGGGUGCAGCCAGGUAUAUCUACCACCCCCAGCGCUGCGCUUGCCAUAGACCAUGUCAACCUGUCCUGUUUUGGGGCUCGGCCUCCUGCUCAGAGCCAAUGCCACCCACUCCUGUCAUUUCCAGUGAAAGCAGGGCCUUCCCCUGCCCAGGACCUGCCUCGCUCCCUGGGGAGGGGGGCCAGGCAGGGCUCCCACCCGUGCCCUCAUCUCCCCAUUGCCUCCUCCAUCUCCAAACAGCUCCCAGGAAUCGUUCCUGCGGCCCAGGCGUGCCACCACUCACUGCCACGCAGAUGCCAAGCCCUCCUUGUCCCCACUGCCCAUCAGCAGCACCACCAGCCUCAUCUGCUCCCCUGAAGCAGGCCAGAGGCUGCAUGCCCAGGGGUGCACAUCUGGGGAGCAGAGCACCCUCCCAAAGGGGAGCAGGCUUCUGCGGUGGCUGCCAGCAGGUCACAUCCCUCCCUGCUCCGAGCCAGCACAUCCCCGUCAGGGAAGACGCUGCCAGCACGGCUGUGGAGCCACAGCUCGGGGCUGGAUGCACACAAGCACUUUCCACUGGGCACACGAGUGUGGUGGGACGGUCACCGCUCCAGGAGCUGUCACUGGCCUGUCCCCUCCUGGGGCUGUUUAGCCAGGGCGGGGGGGUUGUGUGCAUGUAUGUGUGCGUACCAGGCCAACGUGCUACUGGCUGUAAUAAUUACAAGUCUGUAAGAAGCAGCAGC